AUGUGGCAUCGUCAUCCGAUGAAACCAUCUACGAGUAUUGUAAUUGGUAUGCUGAAAGUCUCUAGAAAGCAUCUAUACCUUCUUGCUGCUUCUCAGAUAGAACGCUACCAAGAAGAUCCAAUUUGUAUUCUCGAUUUUUACAUUCACGAAUCGGUUCAGCGCAAAGGAUAA